GGGCGGGCCCCGGACGUGGCGCACCGGGCGGCGAUGCGCCAGCCGCGGGCAGGGGAGGGGCCCCGGGCCCUGUAAACGUGGUGCCUGCGGGGCAGGGCGGCCCUGCCCGCCUCCGCCCCAGCCGCUGAGGCCGGAGGAGCGCGGCGGCUCUCUCCUUUGCUUCUGCAUUUUAAAACCACAAAAUGUCUGAAGUUAAGCCAAGGAAAAAAGGUAUUUCUUCAUCCAAGACCAGUGAAGGUUCACAGAAGGCUGAGAAGCACAGUAAUUAUGGGAAGCUGGCAAGUCCCAGGACCAGCAAUAAUCACAGUUCCUUUUGGAUGGACCCAAGAACGAGUUUGAGUAUCAUUUCCCUUGUUGUUUGCCUGGUGGUGAGCUGGUUUCUAUUUCAGCAGUCAGGUCAAUUUGCUGAUCUGGAAAGAGAGUACAAUUUUUUACAUCAAGAAGCUGAAAAAAUCAUGGAUGUGGGAAAUAAAGUAAACUUAAUUUCUGAAAAGCUUGAGUCUUCUGAAAGUAUCCUGCGAGAAACUGCCUCAUCCAUCUCUGUGAUGACUGAGUUUGGGCAGGAAAUAUCUUCUCUUCAUAACACCAUAAAUGAUAUUCAGAACAAUGAACAGACUCUAUCUCUAAAGAUGCAGAGCAUUCAUGAGAAGUUCCAAAAUGUUACAAAUUCCUGGAGAAGAAGCCUGGAUGAAAUGAACACUAAUGCUAGUGGUUUAAAAUCUGAAGCAAAGUCCAUACAUACAGAAGUUACUUCCAAAAUCAAUGAAGUUGACCAAAGAAUUAAAUCCCUUGCAGAAAGAGUAAAAGAUUUGGAGGACAGUACAGCCAGAAAUAUCAGAACACUGAAAAAGCAAGAAGAUGAUGAAUUCUCUAGAGUUGAACAAAAGCUGAACCUGGAUGCAAAGUCAGUUGAAAAGCUAGAAGAAGAACAGAAUAGUCUGGUAGCCAAAGACACAGAGCUGAAUCAGAAACUUGCAAACUAUGAACCUAAAAUUGAGGAGUGCAAGACCCAUUUGCCAACAAUUGAAAAUGCUAUUCACUCUAUUCUUAAGCUGUCAAGUGACUUGCUCGGUAUGGAGAAAAAGAUAGAGGACUUGAAGACACAGCUGUAUGCUGUGGAAAAUGACAUGUUGAAAACUGUUUCUGAUACAGUGGCCAUGCAGAAGGCUCUUGAAGGCCUCCAGUCCAAUGGCAGCUUGACCAAAAUGCAGCAUGGACUAGGUGUUCUCGAAACAGGGCCUGACAUAGCAGUGUCUUCAAAAGCAGAAGAAGUAACUUUAGAAAGCUUUAACUUAGAUAUUGACCAGAAUGGGGAUAAGUGAAUUUGGUCUUGGGUUUUUCAUUGAUGAAAAAGCACUUUUUAAUAAAUAAUGUGAUUUAAAUCUAUGUCAGGGAUAGCUGAUGUACUGUCAUUGAUCUUAAGAUCAUUGGAACAGCUUGAAAAGUUGAGAAAAAGGGUAGAGAGCAAGAAAGUAAUACUUUGUUAUAGAACGAGAGGAAUAUUUUCUUAAAUUAAGUAUUAUUUUCAGUUUAUUUAUUAAAAGAUCUUUUUUUAUUAAAAAUAAUUUUAAGCCAUGUAUUUAGAUUUAAGGGAAAAAAGUUCAUAUUUUUAGUUUGUUUAGCUUUCACUGCUUAAUUUCUUUUGUUGUUACUUUGUGUAUUAUUUUCCAUAGACUUGUAACACAGUGAACAAUGAAUCCCUUAUUUCUCAGCUGAGAUAGCUGUACCUUGCUUUUAAAGUAUUGUACACCAUAAUGGUUUCGUGUUGCAGGAGAGCACUGAGUACAUUUUUAUCAGCUGAAGCUCAGAUACAACAAACACCCUUAGAGCAAACCCUAGGGAAGUACCCCCUGCUGAGAGCCUUGUACUGUUCUGGUGUCUAUAAGCUGGCAUUUACAUAGCAGCUGGUUGUUUUCAUUUUUGGGUGGGCUGUUUUGGUGCUUUAGAAACAAAUUUUAACCUUCUUUUUUCCUGUAGAAUGUUUUUUGUUCAGCAUCACGUAUGUCCUGUAUUGCUUUGCAUUUGAAAAGAAAAAAAAAAUUAACAGUGUCACUAACAUUCUUUCCCAAAGUUUGCUGAACCAAGAGCUGCAAAAGUAAUUCAUUAAAUCAGUGGAGUUAUGUGCUUGGGAGUAGGGAAUAUCCAGUUUACCCACAGACCUACUUACACGUGAUGUAAUACUACCUUGUAGGCCUGAUAGAUGUUUAUUGAAAUUUGGAUCUCAGGGACAACACAAAUUGCCUGCAGACUUAAUGGCUUGAUAAUUUUGUAUUUCUCCAUAAAGGAGAUUGCUUAGUAGAAAGAGUAUGAACACACAUGUAUGACUUAAUCAGACCUAAUUUAAAUUAGUCUGGGUUUGUAGAUUAAUUGUUUAGAACUCCACUGAAAUCUUCACUAAAUGAGUAACACUGCCCAUUCAAGAGACUAUGAAACCAGUGUUUCUCAAUGUCAUCAAACUGUGUUGGUUUCAUAUAAUUAUUGCUUAUGUAUGAAUUUCUGUUUACAGUGAUACUCAAAAUAAAAAUAUAUUGUAGUGAAUUUCCCUGUCCUGAUGCAUAAUCUAAUUCAAAAUAAACUGUUCCUCCAGAAAGGAGGAACAGAGUAAAUACUUUAGUGUUCCCUGUCCUAUUAGGAAAAGCUAUGAUUUAAAGAAAUUGUUUUUAAUAUUUUUCACAAGUGUGUUCCAGUUCUAGUGUUUCUACUUUGUAUCAUUUUGAGGCAGGGUGGUGGGAGUGACAGUGGUAUGAUCCCUAAUCUAUCAUCAACCUCAACCCUACUGAAAGGUGAAUGUGCAGGAGAUUGAACAUGAAAUCUUCAUCCUUGGAAGUGUUAAGUAGGAGACAAGCACAACUUUCCACAACCUGAAUUUUGGUCUUUUGAGCAAACAGUUCUGAGCUAUGGAGGAACAACCAGCACUAUUGAAGAGUUAAAAUAUUGGUUUCUGGGAUGAUAUUUUUACUACUAAUGUCCAGAAAAGGAUUAAUAUGAAACUAAUUCUAGUCUCAUAGAAUGUGUUUCAGUUUGCCUGUUUGGUGUUUUUUCUGUUCAAGUUCUACCCUGACUUAUUGGGGAUUGAAUUGGAUAGUAUGACUCUGAUAAUUUCCUUUUUUUCCUCUCGAAUUCUAAAACCAAGAACCAAUCAUGAGAAAAUAAAUAUAAAAGAGUGAACUAGCACAUCAAGACAAACAUCCAUGAUUUUUUGGCAUGAGCUUUCCUUCACUAAAAUAGCUUUUAUGGAGACUUAAAAAUUCCAGUGUAUGGAAGAAGAUUCCAUUUGAUGACUUGUGUUUUCAGGGGUCACCUUGGAAAGUCAUAUACCACCUUCUUGUAAUUUUUUGUUGUAAUAGAAGAAGUACUAACAUUUAUUAUGUAUACUUACAAGAAAAAAAAAAAAUUGGUUGUGUUGUAACAGAAAUAGGUUUUCCAGAGACAGGGUUUGCACUCAAAUUGAAUGUCAGAAUCGUAAGAUAUUUCAUUAAAGUAUAGCUUGAAUUUUGA